ACGAAGUGCAUCCGUGUAAAUGCGGCCUCAUUGACGUAAACACGCUUACGUCAGAAACGACAAAUAUAAACAGAAAACAGCUGCUCAGUGCAAUCUCUUUGUGUAUUUGCUAAGAACGCAAAAAUUUUAUAUAUUAUACGGUUAUUACUAAUUUUUGCUUCCAAAUUGUGCUGUGCUGCUUCAGCAAUGUUACGAAAUGUGCAUCGCUGCAAUCAACAACUUCUCCACAUUGAACGGUGCUCAAGAGGAUGUGCCCCAAUUUCGACAACUUGCGGAGGUGCCGCAGCUUUUGCAAAGGCCGAUAGUAUCACUUUCCAGAGCAAGGUAAUGAGCAAGCUAAUCGGCCAUCGCGUAUCGGGUAGCAAGAAACGGUGGUAUCCCAGCAAUGAGAGCAAUACAUCGAACUCUAGCAGGCAGCGCAACGCAGAGAUGUUCAAUAACGCUCAUAUCAACAAAUCAACGGCCGGUGGCAAAACUACUACACGUCGUAUGGUUGUGCUAAAUAAAUUAUUUAUGAAACACAUAACUGAUCUGUUGGCAACUGGUGAAGCCUCUGAAGCUAUUCUAGGACGCGGUUUGCAAGUGACGCGCGUAAAAAUCGCACCAGAUUUCGCAACCAUCAACGUUUAUUGGUUGGGUAGGGGCGAGCCACUAUCCGAUGCACUACUCGAAACUGAAUUGCAACGCUGCAGCGGUGUCUUGCGUCAUGAACUUUCGCAAUUGAUGCUUAUGAGUGAAGUUCCACGCGUUCAGUUUACUCGCGAGAAAAGAUUGUCAAAUAUCAACCAAGUAGAAGAUAUAUUACGCUCCAUCGAUUUCGGUGCCACGGAAGAGAUAACUGAUGCUGUUGAGGGAGUUGAGCGUGAACGAGAAAAUGCAAUUGCAAAUUUGAUGCAGCGGGAGUUUUAUGGCAAAAACGCAUUGCAAGAUGCCAGUGCGCACACAGCUGCUGAAAGUGAAGCAGGAGAGGAGCACUUUCCAGAAAUGCGACACGAUGUGCUUGGCUUAGAUCAUCGCCAUAUUAUGUCUAAGCUGUUGACGAAAAUGCGUAAAUCUCAGCAGGCUUGGGACGAACAUGCCCAGAAGGUUGGAACGACUGGUAAUGAAAUGACUGAGCGCGGCGGAAAGCUUGAACGUGUACAACAAAAGCUCGCUGAAGCAGCGGAGAAGGCAGAACGCUUUGAAAAAUUUUUGGCUAAAAGACGCGAACCAAAGAAUACACCUGAACGAAAGCGGCAUGAUCGCGCGUCAGAUUGGAUUGAUGAAGAUGCUGAGCAAGCGGCUCGAGAUGCGGCAGCUGAAGGUAUGCUCUCACCGGCGCAGCGGCGAUUACUCGAGGCCGAGGAUUAUUUAGACGAAGAUGAUAAUGGAAAGAGCGAAAUAGUUGGGAAAUAGAAAACAAACAUCGUCUGCACAUAGUAAAUUUAAUUCGAGUCUUGGUUACAAAGAAUGAUCAUCUCUGCCUGUUAAUAAAAGUGAUUGUUUUAAUAAAUUUAAACAUAUUAA